UAAGAUUUGCCAUGGAGAUUAACCAGAAACUCUUCUGUAGAAGGAGGAUCUGCCUAGGGGUAUUUAACAGUUUACAAGAUCACUGCAGUCUGUUUAACUGAGGAACCAGUGACUGAAUGCAAGCAUCAGCGCCCAUUGAACAACCAUGAUCAACGACUCGAGUGACAACUGCACCAACGUGGACGAUCUGGUGAAGCACUACUAUCUGCCCCCCUUGUACGGUGCAAUCUUCAUCGUAGGGGUGGUGGGGAACAUCACCGCUCUGCUGGUCUACGUGGUCAAACUUCGUCCCUGGAAGAGCAGCACCAUCAUCAUGGUGAACCUCAUCAUCACUGACUUCCUCUUCAUGAUCCCCUUGCCCUUCCUGACCUACUACUACAGCCUAAACGACUCGUGGACACUGGGUGUCAUCAUGUGUCGCUUCACGCGCUUCAUCUUCCACUUCAACCUCUACGGCAGCAUCCUCUUCCUCACCUGUCUGGCCAUUUUCCGCUACGUGGCGGUCGUGCAUCCGAUGCACGGACGCAUCCUCAAGCAGAAGCGUUGGGGAGCGCUGGCUUGCUUCCUGUGCUGGACCGUUGCGGUUGCGGAAGUAAGUCCGAUUUUUAACCUAAUUCAAAUGGAGGAUCGUGAUAACAAAACCUACUGCUUGGACCUUGCGAGCAACCAGCCAGAAAUCUUGUGGCCGUAUAGUUGGGUGCUGACCGUGCUUGGAUAUCUGGUUCCUCUAAUUGUGGUUUGUGUUUGCUAUUGGCGCAUCAUGAAAGUGCUAAAGAAGGGUCCUCAUAAGGAAAGCAGCAAUCGGGUUCGAGCGAGGCGGCUUAUCAUGUUGGUAUUGACGUGCUUCAUCGUCUGCUUUUUUCCUUUUCACGUGCUACGGGCUUUGAGGAUCUACACAAGACUCACUCCGGAAACCAACUGCAUGCUGGACCGCUGGGUUCACGCCGCCUAUAUCAUCUCGAGGCCGAUCGCUGCAGUCAAUAUCAUUUUCAACCUGCCGCUUUAUUCUUUAGCGGGGGAUUGUUUUAAGCAGGCCUUCGUAGAAAUGUUCAAAUGUGAUCGGCUCAUGCCGAAAACUAAAGCGAUACUGAAAGUGGCUGUGAUCAGCAAAUCUGCGGCCAACAUCACGCAGGAUCAAAGCAGCUGAGACUCAUGCUGGGGAUUGAAAUGUGCAGUAAACGGAUGAGCCAAAACCACUGUGAAAGAACCGAUAUAUGAAGGGAUACUCCACCCUAAAAUGACCUACUGUCAUCAUUUACUCAAGCUGUUCCAGACCAAAGAAGCAACACUGAACCCUCUUCACUUUUUAUUAUUAAUCCUUUAAUGAAAACUAAAAAUAUAAAAUAAAAUAAUAUAUUAUCAAUAUAAAAUAAGUUAUAAUAUCAAAAUAAAAGCUAAAUCAAAAUAUUAAUAUAUACAACCGGGCUAAAGACACACCUUAAGAAAAAAAAAUGUAUAAUGUAUAAAAAUGUUUUUUUAAUAAUGUCUGUGUUAAUACCUGUUCAAAACGAUCACUUUAGCAAAGUUUGUACUAUUUUCUGCUUAUUUUAAAAAAUAAAUUAAUUAAUUUUUAUGGAAGCCCGUUUCUGCCACUGAAUAAUAAAAAAAAAAGGUUAUUGCGACUUGUUAUCUCACAAUUUUGAGUUUUUUUCUCAGAACUGCGUAAUUGCUUGUAAUUCUGUGAACAUAUCAGUCUUUUUUUUCUUCUCAGAACUGGACUUUAUAAUUCGCAAUUGCAAGUUCGUAUCUCAAUUCUGAGAAAAAAACCCAUCAGAAUUGUGAGAUACAAAGUCGCAAAUGCGAGAAAAAAAGUCAGAAUUGUGAUACAAAGUCACAAAUGUGAGAAAAAAAGUCAGAAUUGUGAGUUUAUAUGACACAAUUCUGAGAAAAAAAGUCAGACUUGCGAGAUGUAAACUCGAAAUUGCAAGAAAAAAAGUCAGAUUACCUUUUUACCUUUUUUAUUUUUUAUUCAGUGGCGAAAACGGGCCUUCAUAAAUUUUUGUUAAUAUAAAAAAUAUAUAUAUUUUUAAAAUACAGAAGCAAAAUCAUUUUUAAAAGAUUCUAAAAGCACUGAAGGAGGAUCCCAUAAUUUAAUAGAUGUACAGUAGUAACAACAAAUGAUAUUUUAUUAUAUGAUACGAUUAAUAUUAUGUUUUUAAAUAUGAUGGUUAUAUUCUAAAAAUGGUGAUUAUCUCUAAGAUGGAUACCCAACAUAAUAUAUGAUAAUUACCAUCUGAAUCUAAAUAUGUCAUGCAACAAAUAAAGCCUCAGCCUUCUAUUACUUAUCAUGUUAAUUAUUGUGCCUUUUGGUCCCAACAGCAGGGGCGCUUUUUACCUCAAAUACCAAACUUUUACAUGUAGUAUUCUUUCGUUAUUUAAAAACUGUUGCUUUAAUUAUCUUAAACAAAACUUAAAAUCAUUAAUAAGACAUUUGUCUCAAAAAAUAUAUGCAUUUGAGUGAUUCUCAUUUUGAAAACAUUUAUUGGAUCAAGUAACCACAGAAUCACAUCAAGGUUCAGACAAAUUUGCACGUAUAUCUUGAAAAAAAGGUGCCUUUUACCUCAGGAAGCCAUUAGCCUUGUUGUACCCUACUAAUGACAUGUAAAAAAUACAAAAAAUAGCACUGCUGCACUUGACGCACAAGGCCUAGCAUAAAACCUGUUUAACUGUAAUAAUAUCACCUCAAUGCACAGCAUCAAUGGCUUUAUACAUUGUAUAAUAUUGAAAAUGUUUCAUAUUGUUAUUCAACAGAAUUGUGCUAACAAUGCCGAGGUCAUGGGUUCGAUUCCCAAGAAGAUGUACUGUACAUAUUGAAUGCAAUGUAAGUUUUUUACUGCAAUGUAAUGCAUAAACAUAAAUGAGCUAUUAAAACAAACAACCCUCUGCGGCACCAGAGCACAAAAAUAAUAGAGCGCCGCUAUAGUCAAGAAUAGACCUGAUGUAAACAAACAAAUAUGCAAAGACAAGUUCAGUGUAAUGAUAUUAUUGCAUUGUUCUUGCACAUUGAUGGUCUCUGUGUUUGUGGAAGCUUAUGAUGAAGGUGUUAUUUAAUUCAAAAUUUACAGCAAUUAAA